AUGUGUGGCAGGUUUGCUCAAAGAAUAAACCCGAAUAGCAUUCCAAGUGAAUUUUAUGAAACGGUUUUUGGCGAGGAGACUAGUGACAUCAAUGAGCCAUCUACUGGAGUUUACGAAACUGACGUACAUGAAGCCAACGACAAAGUGGAAAAAGUUCAACUAGAUUUGACAAGGGUUUCGCAAUGGACACCUUCAUGCAAUAUUGCACCAACCGAUACGGCUUUAAUGGUUUAUAUGACGGAACCCACUAAGGACAUCACGCAGAAUUACGUUAUUGAACCGCUGAAGUUUGGGUUAGUUCCUUCAUGGGCCAAGCCAGUUGAUUCAACACCAGUCAACAAGGGGAAACAAAAUGAAGGGGAAAAGUUUUCACGUGAAUUGGGCAAGCACGAGAGUAAAUAUUUCAAUUGUAGGAGAGAGUCUCUUGCACAACACCGCGCCGUUUGGUCGUCCUGCAAAAAACACAGAUGUGUAAUACCCAUCCAGGGAUAUUUUGAGUGGCUCAAAACAAAAAAUGCAAAAGUUCCUUAUUUUAUUCACUCAAAGACUACACCAUUGAUAUUCCUAGCCGGGCUUUACUCCCACAAUUACAAUUAUAAAGAAAACUUCAAUGUCAACAACGAAUAUUUAUCGUCAUUUACCGUGAUUACAGCGCCAGCUGAAAAAUCGGACAAGUAUGACUUGUCUUGGUUGCACACGAGAAAGACUUUGAUUAUCGAGCCUGGUUCCAAAGCUUGGUUCCGAUGGCUUGAUCCGACGACGGACUGGGAUGAUUCAUUGAUCGAAGAGGUUUUGAAUUCAAAGACAAAUGAAGCGUAUGCUAACAUAGAGGGAUAUCAAGUUUCUAACGACGUUGGAAAUCCAAGUAAUAAGAGUGAAGAUGUCCUUAAAAAAGUAAACGGGAAAAAAAACACCUCUGUGUCAGACUUUUUCAAGAAGGAGUUGGGGGUUAAGAAGGAGCAAAAAGGCUCACAACCAGAAGGUGUUCAUAUAGCAAGCAACAUCAAAAGAGAGCCAACAAAAACGGCCAAAGAACCAGAGAUAAAGAUUGAAAACGAUGCAGCUCCCUCAAAAAGGACAAAACAGGGCAGAGACGAUAACCCCAAGAAAGUCAAAACUGAAGCAAGAUAG